CUCCACAACACAAAUUAGGACAGCAUUUGUUAAUUUCAAAGUCCAACCUUUGACUCCACCAACACCGCCAUUGCUGCCCUUUCUCAAUCAUUUAUCAACAAAUCCUCCAUCCCCUCUUCUUCUUUUUCGCAAAUGAGGCAUUCUUGAAUACCAAUCCAUGGCUUCAUCUGGCUCCAACAAUGCUCUAAUCGCCACACUCAGCAACUCAAUCCAAGCCCUGGGCCGUGGGUUUGACGUCACCUCUGACAUCAGGCUGCUCUACUGCAAGGGCGCACCGGGCUCCCGUUUGGUGCUUAUCGACGAUGCGCAGACGAGGAACCUCGAAAUCUCCGAAUCUUGCGUGAUCCCCGAUGUCUCCGUUGACAUUGAAUGCAGCAGUGGUCGGAGUGAUAACAAGAAGACCCCUGUUUGGAGCUUUCAUGAGAUGGCAGGAUACUUCAAUGAGAAUUCAGGUUUACCUGGUCAGAUACCACUUGGAUGCUUCAAUGCCAUGUUUAAUUUCAGUGGCUCUUGGCAACUCGAUGCGGCAGCUACGAAAUCACUUGCAAUGGUUGGAUGCACUAUCCCGUUGUUUAGUGUUGAACUAGUGAAAGACGAUUUAAGUUUGCGUAAUGAAAUCAAACGUGCAGUUCCGUAUUCUUGGGAUCCUGCAUCAUUGGCAAGCUUUAUCGAAAAUUACGGAACCCACAUUGUUACCUCUGUAACAGUUGGUGGAAGGGAUGUCGUCUAUGUUCGACAACACCAGUCGUCACCUUUAACCUUGUCCGAUAUUGAGAACUAUGUGAAAGAUAUUGGAGAUCAGAGGUUCUCAGAUUCAAAGGUCAAUACAAAUGCUGGUUCUUUAAAAUACAAGGACAAGGAUGUUACGGUUAUUUUCAGAAGGAGAGGGGGAGAUGACCUUGAACAGAGCUACUCUAAGUGGGCAAAGACCGUAGAAGGAGCUCCUGAUGUGAUCAACAUGACAUUUGUGCCCAUCGUCUCUUUGCUCGAAGGAGUGGCUGGGAUAAAACACUUGGCUCGUGCUAUCGAGUUAUACUUGGAGUACAAGCCACCUAUUGAGGAUCUUCAGUAUUUCUUGGACUUCCAAAUUUCUCGGGUGUGGGCUCCCGAGCAGAACAAUUUGCAACGAAAAGAACCUGUUUGUCAGUAUCUUCAGUUCAGUUUAAUGGGUCCUAAGCUUUAUAUAAGCCCAGAUCAGGUUACAGUCGGACGUAAGCCUGUCACCGGACUCAAGCUCAGCCUCGAAGGAGCCAAGCAAAACCGCCUUGCCAUCAACUUACAACAUCUAGUCUCGCUUCCGAAGAUUCUUCAGCCUCAUUGGGACACACACAUCCCCAUCGGUGCACCUAAAUGGCAAGGCCCCGAAGAGCAGGACAGCCGAUGGUUCGAACCAAUCAAGUGGAAAAGCUUUUCCCACGUCAGCACUGCACCCAUAGAGUGCACAGACACGUGCAUUGGCGAUCUCUCGGGCGUCCACAUCGUCACAGGUGCACAGCUCGGCGUGUGGGAUUUUGGCGCCAAAAGCGUCUUGCACCUGAAACUGCUCUUCUCCAAAGUCCCCGGGUGCACAAUAAGGCGAUCCGUCUGGGAUCAUAGCCCCGCAAAUCUGUCUGGUGCGCAGAAGCCUGAUGGCUCGUCUUCUUCAUUAUCGAAUGAGAAAGGGGAUGGCUCCGGCCAAGCUGGGAAACUGGCGAAGAUUGUGGACAUGACAGAAAUGUUGAAGGGGCCGCAAGAUAUGCCCGGCCACUGGCUCGUUACGGGAGCCAAGCUCGGAGUCGACAAGGGCAGGAUCGUUUUACGUGUGAAGUACUCGCUUUUGAACUACUGAUAGCUGUUGCUUUUUUUUUUUCUAGGAUUUUAGCAAGAUUUCAGCAUUUUUUGCACAGGUGACACUAUUUUGUCUAUUCUUGUGUAAUCAAUUGAUAUAAGUAUUUGUUGUGCUUGAGCAAUUUGGGAUUGAGUUGAUGGUUUUUGUUACUUGUUGAGUUACUGGCCAAUAAAAUGAAAUUAUAUUUUC